AUGACCCUUGUUGUCCUCCCCAGGUCGAGAGUUCCUUUUGUGGUAAUUCUAGAUAUCGCCAACAUUAGCCUGCUCUGCUUGCCUGGCUCGACUUGCUCCCCGGGCACCGAGACGAUCAACAUCACACCGCCAGCUCAGGCUGCCAUCACUCUGAUGCCGUCACGACCACGAUGAAUUCGUGGCCGGGUUCGUCCUUGUCAUCGGGCCCUUCUUCGUCAGGCACCUCGUCGGAGUCGCUCCGUAAAAAGAGACGUUUCUUUCGAAGACUACAGUCUCCCUUUGUCUUCUCGCAGGGAGAUGGCGACGAACUCGACGACAAUGAACUGGAGCUGAGGAGGCGGUCCAGGGCUUUUUUCCCCCGCCCAAACACACACAGCAACGACGACAAAUCAGCCGCCCACCACGGCUCGGGCGAGCAGUCAUCACAGCAACCUCUGCAAGAGCCCGAACUCCAUUCUCGCAGCCAGGAGGCGGUGCCUAGUAGCCCCACGAUCACCACCCCAGCCCCAACACCCGCGUCCAAGAACUCCCGGAUCGAGGUCAUCAAGGGCACACCCUUGCACACUUUCAAUCCACGUCGGGGAACCGCCUCGGCCGACAUGAGCAGUACGUCCUUCGUCGAAGAGACCCCUCCGCCCGCCGAGCGUACCGCCGCGCCUGCUGCUGAAAGCAUGCCGGUACCCGCCAGCGCCUCGAAGCUUAUGCUGCGCCGCAGCACCACGGCCCCGCUUCCUGGGACGGCUGCAGCCGCUGCUGCACGUGUCCGGAGUGUCUCGGCGAACUCCCCUUCCGCGGCGGCAGCAGCCACACAGCUCGUGAGGAAGCGCAAGCGGACCACGGCCCGCCAUAGCGAGGAGGAGCAGGCGCCCGAAGAGAGGCGCAUCUUCCGGGACCUGGCCUUCUACUACGUGCCAGACAACGACAUCGCUCCGGCCAGGCGCAUCCGCAUGGCCAAGGCCCAAAAGUAUGGUGCGAGCCGCGUUUCCUCUAUCGUCGAGGCCACCCACGUCAUCGUCGACAAGGGGCUGAAGUACAAGGAUAUCGAGCCCCUGGUUGGGCCGUUCCUCACGCCCGGCGCCGCACAUGCGCUGGUAGUCGUCAAUGAGACAUUCCCUGGCGACUGCUUGACUUUUGGGAUCCUGCUCAACCCGCUCCAGGAUAAGUAUCUCAUAAAAGGCUGCCCUCAGGCCACAGUUCAGCCAACUUGUACACACACUUCACCGCAGGAAUCGCCGUGCAGCUCGCAGCACUCCUUGCAACUCAAAACUGCCGCUUCAAACAAGCGCUCGAGGAAGAUAGAUUCACGCUCUAGCACGCCUCCUCGGCGCGGACCCCUAGCAGAAACAUCGAAGGAGAUAAUAAUUCCUUCUUCGCAAGAAAUCCCAAGCGACGAGGACAAGACUGCGAGAUUCCAGCAUGACAAUGUGGGAACAACAAAGACCCAGAGUCGGGAGAAAGAGCCCAAGGAUGAGCUAAGUGACUACAUUGAGCUGAUGGCCCAAUACAAGGGCCUUCCUCUAGAUGACGAGGACGACGACGUGGUUUCGGUCAGGGAAUCCAGGCUUGCCACACCGGACAGGGAGGAGAGCAAGGACGGCAGCGAUUCGGAACACGAGCGCAGCAACAAGGCACACGGCGGCCGCGGCGCACCAAAGACGGGCCGCAAGGCGACAACGUGGGAGGACGCAUUCGCCUGCAACCACGGCGGGACCAGGGCCGACAAGGCAGCCGAGGCCUCGGCCAACCCCAACGCGCGGACCAUCGAGAUGCUGCAGAGCAUGUGCGACUUUUACGAGCGCACAAACGACCACUGGCGCACGACGGCGUACCGCAGGGCCAUCGGGACACUGCGGCGCACGACGGACCGCCGGGUCGCGACCGAGGAGGACGCCGCGAGGCUGCCGGGCGUGGGGCCGCGGCUGGCCAGCAAGAUCGAGGAGAUCGCGACGACGGACCGCCUGCGCCGGCUCGAGCACGCCCGCGCCGAGCCACUCGACGCCGUCCUCCAGACCUUCCUGGGCGUCUACGGCGCCGGGCUCGCCCAGGCCCGCAGGUGGAUCGCCCAGGGCUUCCGCACCCUCGACGACCUGGCCGCGCGCGCGAGCCUGACGCCGGCCCAGCGCAUGGGCGUCGAGCGCCACGCCGACCUCAACUCGCGCAUCCCGCGGGACGAGGUCGAGGCCCUCGACAAAGUGGUGCGCCGCGCCGCCGCCGCCGUCGACCCGGCCGUGCGCCUGAUCCUCGGCGGCAGCUACCGCCGCGGCGCCGACACGUGCGGCGACGUCGACUUCAUCGUCACCAGGGACGGCGCCGCCGCCGCCGACGACCUGGUCCCGUUCCUCGACGAGCUGAUCGCGCGCCUGACCGACGCCGGCGUCGUGGUCGCCACCGUCGCGGCCCUGCGCACCGACCGGCCGGGCGGCAGCAAGUGGCACGGCUGCUGCGUGCUGCCCCGGGACCACCACCCGCGAGCGCCGCCGGCGGGGGACUCCCGCGCGCCGGUCUGGCGGCGCGUCGACUUCCUCCUGGUGCCCGAGGCCGAGAUGGGGGCGGCGCUGAUCUACUUCACGGGCAACGACGUCUUCAACCGCAGCAUGAGGCUGCUGGCGUCCAAGAAGGGCAUGCGCCUCAACCAGCGCGGGCUCUACCGCGACGUGAUGCGGGGGCCGAACCGCGUCAAGGUCACGACCGGGGAGCUGGUGGAGGGGAGGGACGAGAGGAGGAUAUUUGAGAUCCUGGGCGUAAAGUGGCGGGAGCCUCACGAGCGAUGGUGCUGAUUUUUCUUCUUUUCUUCUUUUUCUCUUCCUUUCCUCUUCCACUACUCCUAAUCAUUCACGCGCGCAUGACCCUUUUUUUGCCUUUUAGCAUUGUCAGCGACGAAUCCCGCCCAGGCUUGUAUAAGGGCAGCAUAUUUGGAAUGAAGGCAGUUCUCAUCGGACAUUGCUCUUGUAUCCCUUCUUUUCACAAUGCCGAUUUAUCUGCUAGUUUCUUCUCCUCUGCCCUCUCGGCCAUCUGUGAUUUUGGUUUAACUUUUGCAAGCACGUCCUUCUACGUGGCAACUCUCCCGUCGCGCUGGCGAUGCUCCUCGUGGUAUGACAGUCCGAACGGCUUCGAC